AUGGGGACUGAGAUAUACGAGAUUGCCGUUUAUGGCUCCACGUCAGGAGCUGUUGCUUCUGCCAUUCAAGCCGCCCGGCUUGGGAGAAAGACAGUCCUCAUAUCCCCACACGAGCAUAUUGGUGGCAUCCAGGUCGAAGGCCUUGGGUCUACCGAUAUCGACAACCAGAUCGAAUUCAAAAACAGCCCCUCGGUUGGAGGUCUCGCACUCGAACUUCACCGAAGACUUAGCAAGCAAUAUGGCAGACUUGAGCGGCUAGAAGAGGUACUUCAGAAGGGUGAAAAGGUACCCGAAGUGUGGAAAUUUGAGUCACAUAUCUUGGAGCAGGUGAUAUUGAGUUGGCUGGCUGAGUUUCCAUCGCUCUCUGUUUUCAAGGGAUCUCUUCGCAGCGACAGCUCGGCAGUGGAGAAGAGUGGUAACACUGUCACUGCCUUGAGAUUAACUAAUGGUAAAACUAUACGGUCAAAGUAUUUUAUCGAAGCGUCAUAUGAAGGCGACUUCUUCGUCGCUGCCGGGAUAUCUACUGCGCUGGGGCGAGAAUCCUCAGCGCAGUACGAUGAAAGCUUAGCAGGAGUUCGAGAUGACACGCGAUAUACCCAGUUCGAAGUCCCAGUUGAUCCCUAUGUCGUACCCGGAGACCCGUCAAGCAGGCUUCUGUACGGUAUCUCGCCAGAGCCAUUUGAGGGGUACGAGCGCUCUCACUACGAUCUCCAUCGUCGAUAUCUGAAAGCCGGUGGCAAGAUGUACACGCCGCGUAUCAAAGGGAUUCCAAACCGGAAGACGGAUCUCAUAGGAUCAGAAGCUGUAUUGUGUACCGAUUUACUUGGUAUGAACGAUGGUUGGCCUACUGCAGAUGCCGAAGACCGACAGAAAAUCCUUGACGAAACAGCCACCUUCACCCAAGGUCUCAUCUGGUUCUUUGCAAAUGAGAAGCUGUCCCUGCCGAUAUUCGCCGCGAAUGGUCUCGAUUUGGCUACUGCCUUGACGAAUUCCCAGACAACAACCAUUUCCCUCGACAGCUUUACGUUCGCGAUGCACGGAGAAUGGUGUCCGACUAUGUUGUUACAAAACACACCGCUUCCGAGCAUGAUGGAGAAGAGCACGAUCUAUGCCCCGUCGCAAUUGCAUACUGGCCUACAGAUACACAUUGCGCACGUAGAGUGGUCCGAGAUUGUCUCGCACAUAAUGAAGGCUUCAUAUUCAAGGACAAGCACCAGUGGCGGCCCUUUGGUAUCUCUUAUCGGUCCUUGCUCUUCUCGCGUUGGAUACGGGGCUGUUCGGAUCGAACACCAAUUCUAUGAGCUAGGACAGGCAUGUGCAAAUGCUUGCGAUAUUGCGCUAAACGACGUUGGUACUCAGGGUUCGGUCCAAGAUGUUCCAUACAGUGUACUCCGGGAAAGGCUGUUGGACCAAGAAGCUGUUCUCGAUGUCUCCCUUGUCGGAAAGCCAGAUUUCAGCCUUCUGUAA